AUGUAUCAAACCACCAAAUUAUUGAAACAAGAUAAAGAAUACAAUAAGACAACUGCACUGGGUACAUCAAAAAUUAUUUAUUUAGACCCAUGUAUUUCUGUAGCAUGCUACAAAAAGUAUGAAGUACCGAUUGCUAAGAUUUUUAACAAAAGUCUUCAUGAAAAAUUCCAAUGGGCAUUAGACAUGGAUGCAGAUUGGUUUCAUAAGAAAUAA